CAUCACAGAGAGCACGACUCUCCGAUGAGGGAGGAAACUCUGCAGCAGUCCUCAUUAAAAUUCCCUGUCCGUACACUCACCACGAAAACCUCCUUUAGAGUGGGUGGCACCGACCGGCGUCCUGCGCGCCUCUUAAUUGCGCACCACGCAUUAACGAGCAUUCACGGAUCACAGUUUCCUCUCCGUGGCCGCGGAUCACGCUGCCUUGAGGCGGAGAGUUGCUUCAUGUCCCGCUAUUUACGGCGUCAAGGUUGAGCGAGAGAGAGAGAGAGAGAGAGAGAGAGAGAGAGGGAGAAAAGGUGGGCAGCAAGAGUCCCACAGGUCCAGCAUAGGGUGGCGCCCUGCGCAUCUCCAUCCAGCGACUGGACACACUGAGCCGGGGGGGGGGACUCACAGUGACACUGUCCGCUCCUGCAGUCCGCUGCUGGGGCUUCUCCGGCUUGUGCUUGUAGCUCAUGAUUGUGACAUUUCUCGGUGGGGGAUUGGCAACAUGUGCGCCUGUGUGGUGUGAAGUGUGACACAGCGGCUUUAAGGUUGCAUUUCUCUCGGAUACGCCAAGUACCCGACGUUACGGCGCACCUUGUGUAAUAGAGAAUCAUGAGCACUGUGGAGGAGGAGCCGGAUCACAUGAUACCAUGAAGACAAGCCUGCAGGUCCUGCGCUGCCAGCUGCUGAGUGUUCUAGCAUUCCUAGCACUGCCAGUAGGACUGUUGUCAUCAGCACAGGAGCUGUAUCUCAGCCAGACGUCCCAGGACUCUGUCUCCAUGGCAGCCACCCACAGCAGCCCCCUGUCUGCCCCCAAACCCUCCCAGCUGGACUUGCAUCAGGAAGGCUCCAGUAGUGGGGAAUGGUCAUCCACAGGAGGCACUCAACCCUCAGACAUCAUCCUUCCUACUGUUACACUCCACCCUUUUGCCUGGCUUCACCCAACCCACACCUCCAGCCUGGCUCAUGAAAAAACUCCCAUUCAUGACACAGAUACUGUUACCCCAAACACUGUGAGCACCAAGCCAGAUCAUGUGACUGAAAGCCGUGUGAUUCAGCCCCAGGAGCCAAGCUCUGAUAUUGUGAACCAAGGCCACAUGCACAAAUUGGUCAGGGUACCUCAAGUCUUUAACCCAGUUACUGUCAGCACUAACCAGGCCAGCAGCAGCAGCAGCCCUAAAUCUCCCAGCACAGAUGUCCCAAAUAUAGAUGUGGAAUCUGCUGCUAGAGGGGCUCCAAACCCCCUGGCCCUUAUGUCCAGCUCUGGAUCAGACAGAGGAGACACACUGGGACCUGAGCUCUCUCCACACCAUGUCCAGCCUCUGAAGUUGAGUGAGGAGGAACCCACAGACCCCAGCCGGCAGUAUGUUCCAGAUCAGCCCUCCUCACUGACCUCCCUCUCCUCUUCCUCAGUGGAUGAUGAUCUUGCACUAGGUUUAAAUCUCAGAAAGCAGGCUUGGGGUGUCCCAGAGGUGGCUGCACACCACACCAUCACCCUGAGGGAGGUGCCUGCGAACAUGAACGAGCCCCCCACUGCUGGGCUGGUGAUAGAGCCAAAGGAAGGGUCUGUCUCUCCUGUCGAGAGCCCGCCAGAGAAUAUAACUUCCACUGCGUCCACCCCAGCCCAGUCCACUGAGCCCAGCCCCAGCACACCCAGUCCUACAAUCAUCCAAAACAACCACACCGCAACCAACGAGACCACUUCUAAGGACAGUCAUGUUCAGGCUGGUCCUCGCUCAUCACCUCAAGGUAAUGGCACAGACAAUGACCCUGUCGGACACUGGUCGGGGAAUGUAACUACAUUUGGAGAGUUGCUCGCUAACAGCAGUUCAGUCAAGGAGGCGCCUGCUCAGGGGAACAGCUCAGAGUCCCCUUCAACAGCCAGCAGGAACUUCCUGAACAGACAGGUUCCCGCCACCACACAGGACCCCUGGACAACCGGCAACAGCUCAGGCCCCACCGUCGACUCCCCCCUGUCCCGAAUGACCAUCUGCUUGAGCAGGAUGGAUAUUGUGUGGAUCGUGCUGGCCAUCAGUGUGCCUGUGUCCUCGUGUUCCGUGCUGUUGACUGUGUGCUGUAUGAGGAAAAAGAAGAAGUCGUCAAGUCAAGAGAACAACCUCAGCUACUGGAACAACGCCAUCACCAUGGACUACUUCAGCCGGCACGCUGUGGAGCUGCCCAGAGAGAUACACACUCUGGAGAGUGAGGAGCAGGACACCUGUCUACCCCCUAAUGGAGACUACAGCGGCAGCAGCGUGGUCCUGGUUAACCCUUUCUGCCAAGAGACCCUCUUCAUCAACAGAGACAAAGCUUCUGCCAUCUAGAGACAGAAAAAGAGAGACGCUGUUGGACUGGACUGUCAAAAAUAACUGCAUUCUCCUCUUCUACUCCCCCUGCUGUUGUUGUCUAUUUUAUAUAUGUGGUAAAUAUUCAGAGACUUUGACUUUAUACUGUAUAUUACAAACACAAAGAGCAACCAGAAAGAAGAGUGAUGUAAACAGACACUAUUUACUAUGAGGAUGCACCUGCAUAUUUUUCUGAUGUACAUUUUCUACAAAAGGCUUAAUUGUGAUAAAGGUUUUUAUGUCUUUAUAAAAUACAGAGUAUACGUGGUUUUGUUUCAUUACAGUGGCUUGAUGGUGAGUGCACUGUGGAUGUUGCCACAUGAAAUCUGCUUUAGAGAGAGAAACGUGCUAUAAAAGCAUUAAAAGCUGUUUGUAAUUUUAUUUUUCCUUUUGAAAAUCAAUCCCAAAAUACUUAUAGCCUGUUGAACUUGAAUAUAGCACCUACCUACUUGGGGGGGAGAGAGAGAGAGGUUUCUGGCAAAAUACUGUAUGUGAAAUCUGGGCCCGUAUUUAUCAAACUUCUAAGAAAUACACUUAUGAAGGCUCUGAAGACGGAACUAAAAGAGUAAAAAAAAAAGUUAUUUGCUAAAAGUGAAGACUAAGCAACUUUCUCUUCCUUGCAGUGACCUUUUUAAGAGCAACUCUCAAGUGAUCACAUGACUGAUAAUGAUAAUAAGGAGAACUUAGUACCACAUUAACAAGUGCAGACAAUGAAGAUGAAGAAAGCGAUAACAAACUAAAUCAAUGGUCACUUUAUUCUUGUUGUUUUCACAGGAAAUGGUGGUGUAAGAUCCAAUCGAAAGCAAAUAAUUGGCUUCUGAAAAACGUAUUAUUAAUCAUGAUCAAUUAUAAUUUGCCAAUCACCCUAAAUCCUGUCUCAGAAAGCGGGUGGUCACUUCCCAUCUCUACAAUGUAGUCAUCUAAGAUCUCCUCGUGACCAACUUCAGAGACCUCUGAGGCUCUGUUAUAUUCAAGAGCAUUGCUAAGUGAUUGGAAAUUUGAUUCAUGGCUGUAAAAGUUUGAUAAAUACAGUUUCAGGUUUUAAUAGUUAAUCGGAACAGAGUUGGUGUGAUUUCUGGGUUUUCAUCCAGAUGUUUUUAAGAGAUGGUGCAUCUGUCAAUUAAAUAGAACUGGCUUAAAAUGCCUUUUCCCCCUCAUGUGUCACCAGCUUCUCUUAAGAGGGACCACGUAGAUGUCUUAAUUCCUUAUGUUGAGUUGUUGUUGGCCCUUUAUAUAUCUGUGAGUGAAUGCCCUGUUUGUGCAUGUAAGCAUACUGUGUGAGAGGGGUUGAGAUGUGCUGUAUGUGCUGCCCUCUUAACCAAAUACCACUGUUAUGUUGAGUCGAACAAGACUUUGCAUCACUUUUAGCUCAGUUUUAUCUGUUCCUGUGUGUGUGUGUGUGUGUGUGUGUGUGUGUGUGUGUGUGUGUGUGUGUGUGUGUGUGUGGUUUGUAUGCGUGCCUCUGUAUGUGUUUUGUUUAUCUCGGUCUCUCGUCUGUAUCGUGGAGUGGCUACUGGUUAUAGCCCAGUUUGAGAAAGACUCUCUCAGCGCCAUAGGAAACAAUUAGACCAACCUUGCUACUGUAAGUGUCUCCCUCCAUAAAUAACAUGUUUGUCCAUCAAUGCAAACCGUGUUUGUUUCAAGUACAAAUGUUGAAUGAUUGUGAAUUACUUGCUGGAUCACAUAAUAUGUGUUAGAGGCUGUCAAAAAUCUUGACCAAUGAAAAAUACUGAGAUAAAUAAUGUCUGCUGAAUAUUUACUGUGAGCACAUACAGAGGCAAUUUAAUUAAAAAAAAUGCGUUUGAAUGUUUUGUUUAAUUAUUGAAUUGGUGGUCCUUCUAUCAUCUGUUUUACUUUGCAUUGCUGCAGCUUUAUUCAAUAAUUACUGCUGCCUGCCUCUAUCGUCGCUAAAGAUUUUUCUGCAUUGUGAGAUAUUGUUCUUAAAUCACUGACACAAAAGGUGACGUCGAAUAACACAAAUAAACAUGUUGAUAUUUCCUGCAUUGGCUGCUCACAGCGGAGCUUGUUGUUUUGCACGCUCAAAAGUGGAUAUUUUACAAAAUGUUCAGUGGCACGGUGAAGCAGUGUUCAACAUUAUGUAUUUUUUGUACUGUAGUAUACACUGUACUUUUUACUGCUGAGCAAUAAAACAAACAAAAAACAC